AUGAGCAUUCCCUCUCAACUGACUCAAAAUGUUUGUCUCACCCCGAAGAUGGAGCUCUCGCAGGCCUUCUCUGACCACCGAGCCUCCCUAUCUGCCAUCCUCCACCUGCUAUCACUCGGGCUCUCCACAGCAUCCCUGCUCAGCAACUUCUGGUUUGUGGACACACAGAAGGUGCCCGAGCCCCUGUUCUGGAAAGCUCUGGCAGCCAAGUGCUAUGACUUGCCGAUGCCCAUGGACCGGAGCCAUGCCAACACAUCAGCCGCGGAGGUGGUGCAACACCACGGGGAGGCUGGGGGUGCCCACAUCACCCACCAUGCCUUCCGCAGUGGCAUGUGGCUAUCCUGUGAGGAAACCGUGGAAGAACCAGGGGAGAAAUGCCGAAGCAUCACUGAACUCGCACCACCAACCGAGAGAGAGACCCUAGGGCCACCCCCGGGAGUCCACCCUGCCUCCCGUGGAUGGGAGUUCAUCAGCUUUCUCCUACUGAUGAUGAACUUGCUGCUGACGAGAAAGCCAGCCUGCGGGCUCAAGCUGAGCGCCUUUGCAGCCUGUUCCUCUGUGCUGCCAGGCCUUUUGGAGAUGCUGGCCCAUCUGAUGUCUUCACAAGCCCACCAGGCACCUGUCAACUUGGGGCCAGAAGGCUGGAGGCCACAUGACUGGCACUAUGGCUGGGCCUCCUGCAUGGCCUGGGUUUCCUUCGCCUGUUGUAUGGCCUCAGCUGUCACCACCUUUACCAGUUACACCAUGCUGCUUCUGGAGUUCAAGCACGAAUACAGCAAGAGCGUCCGAGAAACCCUGAGCUGCCUGGCAUAUCACCACCAGGGUCACCUGGCGCUGAUGACAGUGGGGGUGCCAAUCACUAGCCACCCCCAAUACCUCAACCGGCCCUUCUGUUCUGUUUCUGAGGGAGUUGACUUCUACUCAGAGCUACAAAGCAAAGGGCUUCCACCAGGGAGCAGCCAGGGCCCGAAGGAAGAGGCCUCAGGGUGA